CCAACAUCCUGAAGCGGGCCACUCCACUCCACCCCCUCCUCUCCCCUCUCCUCCGGACCCACGCAUGGACUCAAGCAGCUUGAAAAGAAGGCAGUGAGGUAAGGCAACUUUUCAGAGGAGAGAUAAAUGGUGAAAGGGAAGUCUGCUGUUGGUUUCCUGGACUGUGGUGUUGGAGUUACAAUAGGAGGCAAUCCCCUUUUCCUGUGUGUGUUUUCUGUCCGCCCUCACCAGCGGGAGCAGGAACUGGGCUGAAGAAGACUUCUGGAUGCAGCAGCAAAGAGGAGGACCGGCCAAAAGAGGAGAAAGUGAUAAAACAGAGACAGGAGCAGCAGGAGUUGGACUGAGAAGACAGGGGGAAGACAGAGUCAGAAUCUAGAGGGACUUUUUAAAGAGCAGACAGAAGAAGUAAUAGGAGGUAAAGGGGACCAAAGAAGGAACUCACCUGACUCACUUCUCUGCUCUGCCAGGAGGAACAACUUCCUUCCUUCCUUCCCUCUCCUCCCUCCCUUCCCUUUCCCUCUCCCCUGACAUGGGCCGCCUGCUGGCCCUGACCCUUGCCCACCUGGCCUACCUGCUGGCCACCGCGAUCGCCUCGGAGCGCCAACAGCACCACGUGCAGCACGGCCCCUGCAGCUACACUUUCAUCCUCCCCGAGGUGGAGCACUGCCAUCCAUUAAAAGACUUCCAGGUCACCAACACCCUCCAGAGGGACUCCCCGCCUGAGGCAGAGCCUGAGUCAAGCCAAUCCAAGCCGGGAAAGGCCCAAAAGGAGAGGCCUUCCUGGCAGGAGAGGAAGCUGGAAAAUCUAGAGAGCGCCAUGGAGAAUAACACCCAGUGGCUGCAGAAGCUGGAGAACUUCAUCCAGGAGAAUGUGCGCUCUGGGAUGGAGGAAAUGAAAAGAACUGCGGUACACACCCAGACAGCUGCCAUGCUGGAGAUGGGAACCAACCUCCUCAGCCAAUCAGCGGAGCAGACUCGCAAACUGACAGACGUUGAGACCCAGGUGUUAAACCAGACAAGUCGCCUGGAGAUCCAGCUGCUCGAGUACUCGCUCUUCACUAACCGGCUGGAGAAACAUAUUCUCCUGCAGACUCAGGAGAUCUCACGCCUCAGUGAUAAAAACAGUUUUCUGGAGCAGAGGCUCUUAGCGCUGGAGGCUCGGUAUGGGAGGGAGCUGCAGGGCUUGCAGAGCGAAAAGCAGCAGCUUCAAGAGCUUCUGGAGAGACAGAGUCGACUGGUCAGUCAGCUCCAGGGUGAACUGGGCAGCUCCACGCUCAACAGCACCUUACUACAGAGACAGCAGGCCGUGCUCACGGACACGGUUCAGCAGCUGCUGGCUAUGGUCAACCACUGCAAUGAAAUCUCCAAUAUGCCCAAGGAGGAGCCGCUCAGUUUCAGGGACUGCGCGGAGAUCCUGCGAUCCGGAGUGACAGAGAAUGGAAUAUAUAGCAUACGCCUCCCGAACUCCACGCAGACUGUCAAGGUGUUCUGUGACAUGAAGACUAGCGGUGGAGGGUGGACGGUGCUGCAGCAUCGGAGAAAUGGCUCCGUAAACUUCCACCGUGUCUGGAGGGACUACAAAAUGGGCUUUGGAGAGCUGUCUGGGGAACACUGGCUGGGGAAUGAUAUCAUCCACAGGCUGACCAGCUCGCAGGAAUACAGUCUGCAUGUCCAGCUAAAAGACAGAGAGGGGAACGAAGCUUUCUCGCAUUACGAUCGCUUCUACAUAGACGGAGAGGACAACAACUACAGCCUUCACGUCGAGGGCUUCAGUGGCACAGCUGGACGGACGAGCAGCCUCACCCACACUGGCACCCAGUUCAGCACCAAGGACAGAGACAACGACCGCUGCACCUGCAAGUGCGCUCAGCUCGCAUCUGGAGGUUGGUGGUUUGAGGCUUGCGGUCCAUCCAACCUGAAUGGCAUAUAUUACCCCAGCUCAUCCAGUGUGAUUCGCUACAACGGUAUUAAGUGGUACUAUUGGAAGGGUCCUAACCUGAUGGCAACCAUGACAACCAUGAUGGUGCGCCCGGCAAACUUCUGACGGCAUGGCUUGGCCUCCAAUCAAUAUAAUGAACAAUAUCCAGGAAAAUGUAUAUAUUGGGAGGAAAUUCAAAUCUGACUGUUGAUACUUCAAGCUUCUGGACAUUUUGAAGCAUGGCUUUGGCAACUACCUGAGGACACGUGCCGACUUUGAGCAAAUGACUGUGAUUUGAGUGAAUUCCUGAGUGAGAAAUUCAAUCAACAAUAUCAUUCACAAAGUUGCCCAGAUAUUUUAAUAUGGACAACUUGGACAGGAAGAAGGUAUGAGCUUUUCUAUAAAUUACAAAACACAACUGAUCACAUCAUAUUUUAACAUAUGAUCAGUAACUCAACUUCAAAUAAAAUUCAACUGAUUAAUGGGUAAACUCUUAGAGACACUUUAUAGCAAUACCUAUUUUCAUAUCAAAGUCUGAGAACGCGUCUCUUUGUUUGCUGUAAAUAAAUAUGACCAAACUGCAAUAAUUCAGACACCGCUUUGUAUAUAUUUUACAGAAUGUCAAGUGAUUAAAGGGACAGUUCACCCCAAAAUCCAAAAUACAUGUUUUCCCUCUUACCUGUAGUGCUGCUUAUCAAUCAUAUUGUUUUGGUGUGAGUAGCUGAGUGUUGGGAUAUCAGCUGUAGAGAUGUCUGCAUUCUCUCAAAUAUAGUCAAACUAGAUGGCACUCAGCUUGUGGUGUUCAAAGCACCAGAAAAAUACAUUUGAGAAACUCAUCAGCAACGUCUCAUUCCAGAAAUCAUCCAUCCAUCCAUUUUCUAACCGCUUAUCCUCUUGAGGGUCGCGGGGGGCUGGAGCCUAUCCCAGCUGACAUUGGGCGAGAGGCAGGGUACACCCUGGACAGGUCACCAGACUAUCACAGGGCUGACACAAAGAGAUUCACACUCACAUUCACACCUACGGACCAUUUAGAGUCACCAAUUAACCUGCAUGUCUUUGGACUGUGGGAGGAAGCCGGAGCACCCGGAGAAAACCCACAGUGACACGGGGAGAACAUGCAAACUCUGCACAGAAGGGCUCCCACACCUGGGAUCGAACCAGGAACCCUCUUGCUGUGAGGCGACGGUGCUAACCACCACACCACCGUGCCGCCCAUUCCAGACAUCAUGACCCGCUUAUUAAGGAUAUUCCAAAGACUUUGUUGUGAGCAGUUUCAUUUAGGAACUAUUUCUUCUACAGAACUACAUGCACCAGCCGUAUCACUGCCCAGAAGGAAGAGUGCAUCUACUGUUGGACAAGAGGCUCGUGCUUGUGAUAGUGCAAGAUGUAAAUAUUAUUGUGUCCUACUCAGCUGGGCUGUAACAUUAGCUAGCUCAGUGGUGCUAGGUGAGCUAGCAGCAGACGUAUGCUUGGAUUUUCUGUCUUUUAUUACCAAAAAUACAAAUAUUUACAAUAAAACAUCAGAACAAAUGUUCAAUACAAGUGCAUCAAAAGAAACACCACUACUCAGAAGCAUGCUGAAAUAAAUACAUCCAAACAAAUUGAUAACAGUAAAAUGAGGAAGUGAAAAAAUGAAAACUAUAAAAAACAGAAAAACGUUGAUUCUACACAAUCUCGUUCUCUCCAUAAAAAGAGAGAUUCAUCUCUAUCAACUGCAUACAUGAGCUUUACAUACGCACUACAGAGAUUCCUCAACAUAAUACAGGGAUCAAUGUUUACAGAGCAUAAUUCCUGGACAAGAACAGAGCAUGUCUAAUGCCGCAUUCACAUGGAAUCAGGCAGACGGCAGACGGGAGCCAUCUGCUGGACGGAACGGGAGAAAUAAACAAGCAGUCCGACGGAACGGCACGACGGCAAAAUGAGACACGUGACUCGUGACACAUGAUUGUUGCUAUGGCAAUGUUUUGGGGCUACAGAGAGCUAAUGUUAGCCAGAUAGCUCACUAAGCUAAUAAAGCAAUUCACAACGUUAAGUUUCAUAUUACGUACCUGGUAUUCCACCCAGCUCUGCGCUAAUCGCGUCUCAUAUGUACGCCUUCUUGGAAGCAUCAUGGUAGGCUUUUAAAGUUUGGUCAUAUGAUUCUGGGUGCUGCUGCACCAAAAGCACUAGCUUUUCGUUGUCGAGUUCCGCCAUGUUUUCUUUUCUGUUUUGGAACUAUGUCACAUCCGGUUGAGUAUUCCGUGGCCGGUGAACGGUAAAAGUUAAAAUAUUUUAACUUUGGUCGGCAUUCAAGGUGGUGAUAUGGUUCUUUAGAAAGAAAAUAGUUCCAACAUGAAACUGCUCACAACAAGGCCUGUCGAUUAUCUUGAGCAAUCGGGUCACGAUUUCUGGACAGAGACAUUGCUGAUGAGUUUUUCUUAAUUAUUUACUUGGCGCUUUGAGCACCACAAGCUGAGUGACAUCUAGUACUAUUAUACUGGAGAGAAGGCAGCCAUCUCUAUGGCUGAUAUCUCCAACACUCUGCAACUCACACCAAAAAAGUCUGGACUGAUAAGUAGCACUACAGAUAAGAGGAAAUAUAUGUAUCAUUGAUUUUGGGUUGAACUCUCCCUUUAAAAAUAUAUACCCCACUAUAAAGUCUUAAUUUCACACUAAGUGCUUUAUUGACUUUAGUUGUUGUGAUUUGUGUAAUGUCUGGUAUUAAGUUAUAUUUCUCCUUUGCAAUGGCCUGAUUGUAACUUUUCCAGUAGCAUCACCAGGCUGUAAAAUAUCAGUACUUGUUUAUAACUGUAGUU